GUAGUAUCCUCCAUUCGGGAUCGGGCUCGGGCUCAGCACGGCAAACCCUAAAAAUGGAUCGAGGUGACGGGGACAGAUGCCGCCAGGAAGCCCUUUGGUCUAGGCACAACGCGAGGUUCUACACAAUCUCUACAAGACACAUAUAAUACUGUAUACAAAAGGAGAUAUCUUCUCAGGUCGCGGCAUGGCCGCCCUUCGCGCGGCUGUCUAGUAGCUUGUGCCUUGCUUCUUGCUCGCUUCUACCUAAGCCUAAGCUGAUGGAGCAAUCUUCGCAGCGGCCGCUGUGGAGGCCAGCGCUGAAAGAGGUUCAACAGCCAUCAAGCCCAGCGCUGAGCCCAGCCAAAUGCGAGAACAAGGCGCUCGGCACUUUUGCCCCAUGCUGCCCUGGUCACACAGCAGCCAACGAAGCACGGACAGACAGCAAUAAUGCGCAAGGGAGCUGCGGGCGUCCGACGAACGCCACCGACAAGGCCCAGGCCGCUCCCGCUCCGCAGCCACUGCUGCCGCAAGCGAAUGGCAAAAGUGAUGCCGGCAUCGAUGUAGGGGCCGCACGGGAUCUGGCGCUGAAGAUGACGAAGGAGCUGGCCCAGGUGGUCAAGUGCGCCGUGUCCAAGAUCUCGCAGCCCGGAUUUGGCGCCUGGUUCUGGCUGCAGGGGCUGCGACGCGAGAGCAAGUAUCCCCAGCGCGCGCCACGCCUACCGCAGCGGGCGCAAGUCAACGGCGACGGCGAGUACCGGUACCUGCUUGCCGGUGCGUUGCCGGCCCUGGCAGAGCCGCUGCUGGGCCUGUGCGGCAGGCCGCGGCACGCGGGCGCGCUGGGGCUGGCGGCGUUGCGGCAGCUGCUGGCGGCCCUGCUGGCGGUGCGCGCACACACGACUGAGAUCAACAAGAUGAAUGCCGGACCCGAGUUCAUGCGCGCCGCGCUGCAGUCCGGCGAGCUGCUGGUUGCCACCGCCCACCCGCACCUGAUGCUACUGGCGCUGCUGGACCUGCUGCAACCCCACCUGCCGCCGCCGCUGUUCGACCUGCAGCUGCCCGCUCCCGCAGCAAGUGCGGCACCCGCCGCCUCUGCCGCCGCCGCUCCGCCGACGGCUCCGCAGCAGGCUGACGUGCGCACACCGGCGGGCGGCCCAACGACCACCUUCUACAGCGGGACGUCGGAGCGCGUGCAGGGGUGGGAGCAGGGGGUCAUUGCCCACCUGAGCCAGGUCAUGCUGCGCCUCCGCUCGAUGCAUCAGGAGCUGCCGCCGCAACAGCCCGCAGAGCAGCAGCCGCAGCCCCAGAAGCCACAGCCGCCCCAGACGUCUCAGCCGCCUCAGCCGCCUCAGCCGCAGCCGCAGGCUGCCAAGCCAGGGCAGGCCAGCCAGCAGCAGGUGCCGUCGACUGAGGCUGAGCCGCCGGCGGCGGACGUCGAGGGGCAGAUCCCGCCGCCGGCGGCGGAGCGCGUGUGCUUCCACGGCGAUGGCGGUCUGUCCGAGGUGCUGAAAAGCUAUUACUUUGGCGAGGCGCUGUACACGGCGCUGCUGGCGCACCUGCCGCGCCUGUUCACGCCGGACCUGCGGCAUGAUGCCGACAUGCCGCCGCCGCCCGACUUCUACCCGGAGAACACCUCGAGCACCACCCCAUUGGCGGUCGGUCGGCAGCUGGUGCGCUGGCUGGCGGCGGCGCGGGGCGGCCCGGAGCUGAUGCAGCAGGUGCAGACGCGCGUGCUGACCUCGCCGCCGGCCUCCGCCCCAGGCCCCGAUGGCGCCUGGAAGACGGUGCCGCCGCUGCGCGAGCACGCCCGGCUGUUCCGCUACGUGCGCUCCGUCGUGUACGCCGCUGGCGACAGCGCCGCCGCGGCGCGCUGCCCGCCGCCGGGCGCCACCACGGCCCAGGCGCAGGCGCACCUGGACUCUAUGGAGCUGCAGGCGGAGGCUGCGCUGGUGGCGUCCCUGCAGCGCACCGACUUCGUCAACCCGGCGCCCGGCCCCUCCACCGCGCAGCUCACCAUGGCGUGCUUCCGUCUCCACGCCAGCCUUGGGCUUCCCAGCUACAUACCGGUAUUCGCGCAGCCUCCCUUACAGCCUUUACAGCCCUUGCAAACCCCACUAGGCCCGAUCCCGAUCCCCAGCCCGAUUUCCACCCCCAUCCCGGUGCCGAGCCCGGCGCCGAGCCCGGCGCCGACGCUGCCGCCCUACAGCGGGCCGCUGCUGGACAGCCAGUCGCUGCUGGCGGUGCUGGGCGCGCACAUCCGGCUGCCGGCGGGGGUGCCGCGCACCGCCAGCCACGUGGCGGGGCUGCUGCCGCCCUCGCUGUCGCCGGAGGUGCUGGCGGAGGCGGGCGGCGCUGACGAGGCGGCGCUGAGCGCCACGCUGGCCGGCGUGUUCAGCCGCAUGGGCCGGCCCGUGGACUUCCCGCAGGCGCUGGCGGACCUGCGCCACCUGACCGCCGCCAACCCCGACUGCGACAUCAUCAUCGCGGGCAUGGCUGGCUUGGCGGCGGUGGGACCCGUGUUCAUGGAAUUUGUGCGGCUGACGCUCGCCAACGCCCGAUCCGCCGCUGCCGCUGCCGUCGCCGCUGCCGCUGACACCGCCGCCUACAUUGCAGCCAACGCCCCCACCAUGCGGCAGCCUAUUCCUCCUCAUCACCUGUCUGCCACCGCUGCCGCUGCCGCUGCCGCCUCAGCAGCAGGACGCGCGGCGGCGGCUGCAUCUCCAGCCUCAAGGCUUGCUGCGGCAGUGGCCGCGGCGGUGGAUGCUGCCAAGGCGGCCACUCUCUCCAGGGGCUAUGGCAGGGUUACCCUGCCGACUGCCGCUUCGGCCCGAAUCGAGCCUGUUGACGUCCCGCCGCCUGCAGCAGCUGCCGCCGCCCCUGGUGCAGUCAUCCCGCCGCAGCCGCAGCCACAGCAGCAGCAGCCCGCCGGCCAGCCCCUAGACGCGGCGGCGCAGCAUGCACGGCAGAUUGAUGAGCCACAGCCGGCGCCUGCGCCGCCGCCGCCGCCGCAGCAGCAGGAGCCGCAGCUCCAACAGCAGCAGCAGCAGCAGCAGCAGCAGGGAGGGGCCCAGCAGGGCGCUGGCAAUGGCGUUGGCGCAGUGGCUCGGAGCCCAGGGCCGGCGCCGGCGCCUGCUGCCCAGCAGCAGGAUCAGGAUGGAGACCUCGAGCUGUCUGAGGAGCACAGCGAGCGCGACGCCGAGGAAGCAAAAGACGAAAGCUCCGAGGGCCAGCAAACACAGCGGCGGGGCGCCUCUGUCGACAGCUUUGAGGAGGAGCACGCCCAAGCCAACCCUUGCAGGGCACGGCGCUACGGGUGGACGCCCAAGCCCUCCUACAUGGAAUCUCUGUGGGGACCCAUUCAGCAGCAGCGGGAGCGCGAGCGGGAGCGCCAGCGGGAGCGGGAGCGGGAGCUCGAGCUGGAGCGCGAAACAGCGGCGGCUUCCGGCAGCGGUGUCAUUCCAGACAGCGUGAGCUGCGGCGAAGCGGCUGACGAAGCCUGUGAGCCUCAAGCGUCCACACCCCAGCUGGAGCAGCUUCGCCAGCAGGUGCUGCAGCUGCUUGGAAAUCAGCAGUUAAUGUUUCCCGCAGAAGCUAGGGCCCGGCGUUCUGCGCUGAGGGCUGCUACUGCAAAGCUGCUGCGCGCGGGGGUUCCGUUGGCGGACCCACGAGUGAUGAGGCUCAUGAUUUUGAUUUGCGUGGAGGAAGUCAUACAGGAUCGGGCUGCGGGUCGAGAUGCGGGAAACAUGGGUGUCUCAAAAUGGGAAGCCCUGUCACUGUGGGUUGCUAAGAUGCAGAAACGCCCGGCGGGCCAGCCGCCGGCACAGGGUGCGCAGGAUGGUAGUGGUGGUGCUGCUGCUGCUGCUGCGGCCGCCGCUGGGCAGCCCCGGGUUCGGACCAACCCGCCUAAGGAGCAGGGACCGGCGCAGGAGCAGAAGCAGCAGGAGCCGCCGCAACCAGAGACGCAGCAGAAGAAGCGUAAGCAGGGUGUGGAUCCUGUGGUGCUGGCGGCGAAGCUGGAGCCGUUGCGGCAGCAGCAGGUAGCAGACGGCGUUGCCCCUCGUGGGAAUGCUAGAGGUGUUUGUGGCCGUCAACGCCAGGGCAUGGCGUGGUUGCAGCCGCAGCAGCCCACGGAGAAUGCGCAGCCCAGGCUCCUCCGUGCCACCGCCAAGCAGCAACGCUUGAAGGCGCGGCGCAUGCGCGCUGGCGGCCAGGACGCACCUCAGCGCGACGCUGCCGCCGCGGCGGGUGCUGGCGGCGGUGAUGGCACUACUGCCGCCGCUACCGCAGCCGCCGCAGCAGCACCGGCCGAGGCAGUGGCAGCUGCCGCGCCCGUGGCUACAGGCAAACCCGCUGCUAACGGCGCAGUAGCGCCUCUGCCGGCCACGGCGCCCGCGGCGCCGGAGCCGCCGUCAGCAGCACCCCGGAAGGGCACCCGCCGCUCCCGCGUCAUCAAGCCCCUGGCGCGGCUGCCGCCGGCGGUGACCGCGCUGCCGCCCUCCAAGCCCGAGUUCGCCCAGUCGGUCUUUGCGACCGCGGCGGCCGCCGUGGCUGCUGCCGAGGACACAGGCGGUGCGGGGACGGGCGCGGCCCGGGGCCUUGCUGCUGCCGCGACGUCUGCGGCUGCGGCGUCGCUACCUCUGGCCGUGACGGAUGCGGCCCGCAAGCUGCUGCGGGCGCAGGUGGAGGCGCUGGUGCGGCGGCUGACGGCCCCGGCCUGGGCCGUGAAGCGCCAGGCCCUGGCCGACCUGCACCACCUGGCGGCGGCGCACCCGCCGCAGCACGACGACAUGCUGGACCGCGUGUUCGAGCAGGUGGUGGACUCGCCGGCCAUGCUUGUGGCGCAGGCCGUUGACGGCGCCUGGCGGCAGCAGGAGCGCGACCUGCGCUGGCGGCUGUAAUCUUUGUGCCUGGCUGCACCGGCCGUAGCCAGCAUUGCCACGAGGGUGGCGCGAGUCCUGCCAGCCGUGCUGUGCGCCAAAGCAGUGACCGUUUACAAGGCGGGGACUGCAUUGUGUGUGAGCACGGCGCGGUGCGGUGCGGUGUGUCGCCCGGCUUGCAGCUGGUGGCUUGCUGUUUGUCUCUAGAUGUGACGCGUGCAGCCAGAUGAUAGAGCAUCAGGAGUGGGGGAGGCCAAUGAGUUUGGAUUGGUGCUGCAGGCAAAGCGGCCGCUGCAGUGGCGCGGUGAUAAGGGCCGCUGGGCGGGGUGAUUGCUGAGUCGCCCUAAGUGCGUGUGGUUGAGAGCUUCAGGCUGGGCUGCUGAAGCCUUCAUGUUAAACAGAGCCGCCUUUCCUUUGCGGGCACGUGUGCCGUAGUCCUAUGCCAGAGCCUGCUGAGGCAACGGGUAAGCCAGCACACGUCAGGCGCCUGGUGGUGUGCACGCCUCGUCGCGCGUCGGUGUCUCGGCUUGUAAUGAUACGCCGCG